AUGGAUGACCAGACAGGACAGCAGCAACAGCAGCCAGAUUGGGGACCUUAUCAGAAGAAAAGACUAGAGGCCUUUGAAGAGGCGGGCGUGCUCUUGCUGCGGCCUCGGUCGCCCCCGAGCCCGCGGGCCCAACCCGGGAGCUCACCUGUGCCUUCGGAGCCGCCGUCCGGCCUGGCCGCCUGGCGCGCGCGCGUCCGCAGCGACCCGCGCGAGUUCCUGCAGCUGUGCGCGCACCUGGACUGCACGCCCAACAUCUGGGCGCUGCACGACUGGAGCGGCUGGGUCACGCCCUUCGCGCGCUCGUCGCCAGGCCGCCGCUUCGACACCACCUUCUACCUGUGCUGCCUCUGCCAGCCGCCGCCCGUCGACCCCGACAAUGCCGAGGUGGUGGAUUCCCAGUGGUUAUCUCCGUCAGAGGCAACUGAAAGCUUCAUAUCAAAAAAAAUUUGGUUGCCACCUCCACAGUUCUAUAAAGUAAGAAGACUUGAAAACUUUGCCUCUCUCUCUACCUUGCACAAAUUUUGUUUGGAUCAUGCAUCAGAAAUAUCUGAAAGAUGGCUACCCAUCACACUGGUCACUGCGGACUCAACGCCCCAGCUCUUGCCAGGAGAUGAGCUGUACGUAGAAGACCCAUACUAUAUAGAAAAUCAUCUGUGUACAGAAAAAAAGACUGAAGAAAUCAUGAAGGAAGGCAAGAGAUUUCACCGACUAGUGAUACACAAUAGCCAUCUUUACAGUGUCCAUGUGACUAUUCAGUCAAAGUAUAAACACAUUUAUCCCAAGAGCUACACAGUAAGCAAGAGCCAUCUGUAGGGUGCUGCUAGCUCAGAUGCUGGCCACUUGCAGUAGCACUAAUGAGUAACGAGGGCUGACUAGCCAUGACUGAAGCCUAAGGAACUUUGUGCCACCAAAGCAAUAAUGCAGUGUUUCUUAUAAGGUAUCAAUGAUCUCACU